AUGGGUGCCCUCAAGUACGUCGAAGAGCUCCAGAAGCGCAAGCAGUCGGAUGUGCUGCGUUUCCUCCUCCGUGUCCGCUGCUGGGAAUACCGCCAGCUGAACGUCAUCCACCGCGCUUCCCGCCCGUCGCGCCCCGACAAGGCCCGCCGCCUCGGAUACAAGGCCAAGCAGGGCUAUGUCAUCUACCGCGCGCGCGUUCGCCGCGGUGGCCGCAAGAAGCCGGUUGCCAAGGGUGCCACUUUCGGCAAGCCUACCAACCAGGGUGUGAACCAGCUCAAGUACCAGCGCUCGCUCAAGUCCACCGCCGAGGAGCGUGUUGGCCGCCGCUGCGGUAACCUGCGCGUCCUGAACUCGUACUGGGUCAACCAGGACUCCACGUACAAGUACUACGAGGUCAUUCUCGUCGACCCCAACCACGCCGCAAUUCGCCGCGAUCCUCGCAUCAACUGGAUCGUCAACCCGGUGCACAAGCACCGCGAGUCGCGUGGCCUUACCGCCACCGGCAAGAAGUCUCGCGGCCUCAACAAGGGUCACAAGUUCAACAAGACCCGUGCUGGCCGUCGCAAGACUUGGAAGCGCCACAACACUCUGUCCCUGUGGCGCUACCGGUAG